UUUAUAAAAACAAAAAUGCUAAAACAUAUAUUCAUGCUUUGUCUUUUGAUCGUUCUUGGAAACGAUAUGCCAAUAAACAAAACCGUCGUUUUACAUAGUGGCUUUGGGGCCUUAAAGUUUAUUAUACAGUUUCGCACUAUUUGUAAAAACAAAACCAACACAACUAGCGAGGCGACUAUGACUGACCAGAUCACAGCUUCAACUACUUCUUACCCUAUAUAUAGUACUCCUCUAUGGAGUACAAUUUCGGAAGAACUGUUCAAUAUUUAUAAUGAGCCAAAACCCGAAAGUGGCUCAUUGAUUCUAGACAAUAAAAUCCAGGCUGGUCUUCUAUAUCGUUCCACAGAUGUAACAACACCUAAUCCAAACACCGAAAGUGACAGUUUAACAUCAAUAACUACAGCGGAGUCACCCGUAACGCUUAGAUUAACAACCACAAAAAGACAACAAUCGUCAUUAACAACUGAUAAGAGCACAACAGUCGACGAAUCUUCCAGCGUUUCAGAUGCUACGAUAUCCCCAUCAACUGAAGGAAGCGGAUCUUCUAGCAAUUCAGAUGUUACAACACUAUCAUCAUCAACUGAAGAGAGCACAACAGUCGACGAAGCUUCCAGCACUUCAGAUGCUACAACAUCCCUAUCAACUGAAGGAAGCACAACAGAUGACGGAUCUUCUAGCACUUCAGAUGUUACAACACCAUCAUCAUCAACUGAAGAGAGCACAACAGUCGACGAAGCUUCCAGCACUUCAGAUGCUACAACAUCCCUAUCAACUGAAGGAAGCGGAUCUUCUAGCACUUCAGAAGUUACAAUACCAUCAUCAUCAACUGAAGAGAGCACAACAGUCGACGAAGCUUCCAGCACUUCAGAUGCUACAACAUCCCUAUCAACUGAAGGAAGCACAACAGUUGACGGAUCUUCUAGCUCUUCAGAUGUUACAACACUAUCAUCAUCAACUGAAGAGAGAACAACAGUCGACGAAGCUUCCAGCACUUCAGAUGCUACAACAUCCCUAUCAACUGAAGAGAGCACAACAGUCGACGAAGCUUCUAGCACUUCAGAUGCUACAACAUACCUAUCAACUGAGGGAAGCACAACAGUUGACGGAUCUUCUAGCUCUUCAGAUGUUACAACACUAUCAUCAUCAACUGAAGAGAGAACAACAGUCGACGAAGCUUCCAGCACUUCAGAUGUUAUAACACCAUCAUCAUCAACUGAAAAGAGUACAACAGUUGACGGAUCUUCUAGCACUUCAGAUGUUACAACACCAUCAUCAUCAACUGAAGAGAGCACAAUAGUCGACGAAGCUUCCAGCACUUCAGAUGCUACAACAUCCCUAACAACUGAAGAAAGCACAACGGAUGACGGAUCUUCUAGCACUUCAGAUGUUACAAUACUAUCAUCAUCAACUGAAGAGAGCACAACAGUCGACGAAGCUUCUAGCACUUCAGAUGUUACAACACCAUCAUCAUCAACUGAAGAGAGCACAACAGUCGACGAAGCUUCCAGCACUUCAGAUGCUACAACAUCCCUAUCAACUGAAGAGAGCACAACAGAUGACGGAUCUUCUAGCACUUCAGAUGUUACAACAGCAUCAUCAUCAACUGAAGAGAACACAACAGAUGACGGAUCUUCUAGCACUUCAGAUGUAACAACACCAUCAUCAUCAACUGAAGAGAGCACAACAGUCGACGAAGCUUCCAGCACUUCAGAUGUUACAACACCAUCAUCAUCAACUGAAGAGAGCACAACAGUCGACGAAGCUUCCAGCACUUCAGAUGCUACAACAUCCCUAUCAACUGAAGGAAGCACAACAGAUGACGGAUCUUCUAGCACUUCAGAUGUUACAACACCAUCAUCAUCAACUGAAGAGAGCACAACAGUCGACGAAGCUUCCAGCACUUCAGAUGCUACAACAUCCCUAUCAACUGAAGAGAGCACAACAGAUGACGGAUCUUCUAGCACUUCAGAUGUUACAACACCAUCAUCAUCAACUGAAGAGAGCACAAGAGAUGACGGAUCUUCUAGCACUUCAGAUGUUACAACACUAUCAUCAUCAACUGAAGAGAGCACAACAGAUGACGGAUCUUCUAGCACUUCAGAUGAUACAACACCAUCAUCAUCAACUGAAGAGAGCACAACAGUCGACGAAGCUUCCAGCACUUCAGAUGUUACAACACCAUCAUCAUCAACUGAAGAGAGCACAACAGAUGACGGAUCUUCUAGUACUUCAGAUGUUACAACACCAUCAUCAUCAACUGAAGAGAGCACAACAGUCGACGAAGCUUCCAGCACUUCAGAUGCUACAACAUCCCUAUCAACUGAAGGAAGCACAACAGAUGACGGAUCUUCUAGCACUUCAGAUGUUACAACACCAUCAUCAUCAACUGAAGAGAGCACAAUAGUCGACGAAGCUUCCAGCACUUCAGAUGCUACAACAUCCGUAUCAACUGAAGGAAGCACAACAGAUGACGGAUCUUCUAGCACUUCAGAUGUUACAACACCAUCAUCAUCAACUGAAGAGAGCACAACAGUCGAUGAAGCGUCCAGCACUUCAGAUGCCACAACAUCCCUAUCAACUGAAGGAAGCACAACUGUAGAUGGAUCUUCCAGCACUUCAGAUGUUACAACACCAUCAUCAUCAACUGAAGAGAGCACAACAGUCGAUGAAGCGUCCAGCACUUCAGAUGCUACAACAUCGCUAUCAACUGAAGGAAGCACAACAGAUGACGGAUCUUCUAGCACUUCAGAUGUUACAACACCAUCAUCAUCAACUGAAGAGAGCACAACAUUCGAAGAAGCUUCCAGCACUUCAGAUGCCACAACAUCCCAAUCAACUGAAGGAAGCACAACUGUAGAUGGAUCUUCCAGCACUUCAGAUGUUACAACACCAUCAUCAUCAACUGAAGAGAGCACAACAGUCGAUGAAGCGUCCAGCACUUCAGAUGCUACAACAUCGCUAUCAACUGAAGGAAGCACAACAGAUGACGGAUCUUCUAGCACUUCAGAUGUUACAACACCAUCAUCAUCAACUGAAGAGAGCACAACAUUCGAAGAAGCUUCCAGCACUUCAGAUGCCACAACAUCCCAAUCAACUGAAGGAAGCACAACAGGUGAUGGAUCUUCUAGCACUUCAGAUGUUACAACACCAUCAUCAUCAACUGAAGAGAGCACAACAGUCGAUGAAGCGUCCAGCACUUCAGAUGCCACAACAUCCCUAUCAACUGAAGGAAGCACAACAGGUGAUGGAUCUUCUAGCACUUCAGAUGUUACAACACUAACAUCAUCAACUGAAGAGAGCACAACAGAUGACGGAUCUUCUAGUACUUCAGAUGUUACAACACCAUCAUCAUCAACUGAAGAGAGCACAAUAGUCGACGAAGCUUCCAGCACUUCAGAUGCUACAACAUCCCUAACAACUGAAGAAAGCACAACGGAUGACGGAUCUUCUAGCACUUCAGAUGUUACAACACUAUCAUCAUCAACUGAAGAGAGCACAACAGUCGACGAAGCUUCCAGCACUUCAGAUGCUACAACAUCCCUAUCAACUGAAGGAAGCACAACAGAUGACGGAUCUUCUAGCACUUCAGAUGCCACAACAUCCCUAUCAACUGAAGGAAGCACAACAGGUGAUGGAUCUUCCAGCACUUCAGAUGUUACAACCACAACAGAUGACGGAUCUUCUAGCACUUCAGAUGUUACAACACCAUCAUCAUCAACUGAAGAGAGCACAACAGUCGACGAAGCUUCCAGCACUUCAGAUGCUACAACAUCCCUAUCAACUGAAGGAAGCACAACAGAUGACGGAUCUUCUAGCACUUCAGAUGUUACAACACCAUCAUCAUCAACUGAAGAGAGCACAACAGUCGAUGAAGCGUCCAGCACUUCAGAUGCUACAACAUCGCUAUCAACUGAAGGAAGCACAACAGAUGACGGAUCUUCUAGCACUUCAGAUGUUACAACACCAUCAUCAUCAACUGAAGAGAGCACAAGAGAUGACGGAUCUUCUAGCACUUCAGAUGUUACAACACCAUCAUCAUCAACUGAAGAGAGCACAACAGAUGACGGAUCUUCUAGCACUUCAGAUGUUACAACACCAUCAUCAUCAACUGAAGAGAGCACAACAGUCGACGAAGCUUCCAGCACUUCAGAUGCUACAACAUCCCUAUCAACUGAAGGAAGCACAACAGAUGACGGAUCUUCUAGCACUUCAGAUGUUACAACACCAUCAUCAUCAACUGAAGAGAGCACAACAGUCGACGAAGCUUCCAGCACUUCAGAUGCUACAACAUCCCUAUCAACUGAAGGAAGCACAACAGAUGACGGAUCUUCUAGCACUUCAGAUGUUACAACACCAUCAUCAUCAACUGAAGGAAGCACAACAGGUGAUGGAUCUUCCAGCACUUCAGAUGUUACAACACCAUCAUCAUCAACUGAAGAGAGCACAACAGAUGACGGAUCUUCUAGCACUUCAGAUGUUACAACACCAUCAUCAUCAACUGAAGAGAGCACAAGAGAUGACGGAUCUUCUAGCACUUCAGAUGUUACAACACUAUCAUCAUCAACUGAAGAGAGCACAACAGUCGAUGAAGCGUCCAGCACUUCAGAUGCUACAACAUCGCUAUCAACCGAAGGAAGCACAAGAGUCGAUGGAUCUUUUAGGACUUCAGAUGGUACAACACCGUCGUCUGUAAUUGAAGAGAGCACAACAGUCGACGAAGCCUCCAACAGUUCAAAGGGUAUUACUGCAUUAUCAAGGGUAGAAGGAACAACCGAGGAUCUUGAUGCUAUGGAAUCUACAACUCCGGCACUUUCAUCUAGCGCCACUUAUAAAUCUGUGUUGCAUGGCACAAAUUGUGAUAUAUUAGUUCAUUUGACGGUGCUUGGUAAAUAGUACCAUGUACAGAUGAAGAUAUAGGUAGCCUUACUUCCGCUAUGAUCUUCGUGUUUCGAAGUUAUCACUUUUUUUUUUAACAGCAGUCAAUUUUUUAUUUUUUAAUUUGUUAGUUUUUAUUUAAUUUAAUUUGUUUAAUUAUUUUAGUUAAGUAUACAAUAUAAAUCUCCUUUUUUUCUGACGUCAUCGGUUUAAUUGACGUCUUCUAUAAAGUACCGUAACCUGCUUAAUCUUAUACUUAGCUCCGAAAGCACUUAUGGAUAU